AUGGCUGCACUGGGCUUAGAUCUGGAGUGUACGAUCAUCGAACGUUCUGCCUCUGCUCCCCCCUCCCCCAACGAGAGAUCGUCUGCGUCCACCCUCAGAGACCUCGGGGGUCACGUAGGGGGGAGGAGGGUCACUUUCCCCGAUGACGAUACCUUGGUCACUGGUUACUUCGAGGCUCCUGACCCUUGGAGCGAAGGUCAGAUUUUAUCUACUGACUUGGGAGUGUGCCACCUGGUGGAUGGCCUGUGUCAACAGGCUUCCGCAGAAGGGGGCCUGAGGAGCCUGGGCCUGCGGGACAACGGCCUAACGAAAUCGGGAAUGGCCCACAUCAGUCGAGCCCUGUUGGUGUGCGAUUCGUUGUGUGAUCUGGACCUCUCCUGCAACGAUGUGGGGGAUGAAGGGUUGCAGCAGCUGAAGCAGGGGCUUCUCUCCAACCACACCCUCAACUCCCUCUGCUUCAGGAACACCAAGGUCACCUGCGAAGGUGCGGUGGCCCUGGCGGAGUGCAUCGCGGACCACCGCCACAUCGCCCACCUGGACCUGCGGGAGAAUGCGAUCGGACUGGCCGGACUGAUGGCCCUCUCCCUCUCCCUGGGGCACAACCGGAGCCUCUCGGCCCUGGACCUGGACGAGGUGCCGCCCGACCAAGAGGACGAAGAGGAGGCCGAGCAGCGGCGCAAACUGGCGCAGGAGAUCGCGGAGCUGUGCCGGCGCAACCGGGGAGAGGAGGAGGACGUGCCGGUGGUGAGGAGCGAAGCCGAGCUCACCUCGCUCAUCAUAGAGAAGACUCAACCCAGACCGACCACACAGGUUUCUGGCAGAAAUCGCUUCAGGGUGCAGAGGGUGUUCCUGGAUGGGGAUGGGGGGGAGGAAGAAUCCCCCGUCUUCUCCCUGGAAGAGGAGGAUGCGGAAGAAGAGAGAGAGGAGUCCUCCAAGAGGUACAUCCGGCACCAGGACUCCAUCGCGGUCCACAUGCAGAAGGUCCGGAGCUCCAGGUCCGAAUGCCGCAAGAUCUCGGACUCCGGGGAAGAGGAAGGAGAGGAUAGGAAUCCCGAGGAGCGUCAGAAGAAGCUGACCUUCGUUCUCCCCGACGGGGGGGAUGAAGGGGGCUGCUGGGGGCGCGCGGACCGGCGCAUGAGCACCCCCGCCCUGGCCUCCCAGAGGGGGGCCGGGGGGCAGCAGAGGAGGAGGCUUCUCAGCCUCAAGCUGGGGAGGCAGCUGGAGGGGCUGGACCUGAGGAGCUCGGUGCCCCUCUCCCCCACUCGCCUCAGGGAGGGACUCGUGUUCCCCGAACCCUUCGACAACAAGGUCCAGUGAGCGACUGCCAUCUUCACCUCGCCUACUCACCGAACGUCUUCCCGGGUCCGGAAGUCCGGCCCGGAGGUCGAGGAAGGUCGUCCAGCCCGGAGAGUCCGAAUCCC